UUAAACUUGCAGUCGGUCUUUCUCUGUCUGAUGGUCAUCAUGUUCCACAUGAACCAAGCAGCUCUUCUCUCCAUCACACUAUUUAUGAUGUGCCUCGUCUCUGCAGAUAGUGAUGCAGUUGAGCAGAGGAAUAUAUCGGUGUAUAGAGGAGAGUCCGUCAUCUUCACCUGCAACACGUCCAAGGAAAUAGUAUCACAAAUCCAGUGGACCAAAGACAGAUUUACUUUUGUGUUUUCAUUCACAUUAAAUCAGACUUUUUCAGAUUUCACUUCACACCGACUGACAAUAGACAAAAAUGUACCUUCAAAGAUGAAUAUUUCAAAAGUUCAGCAUGACGAUGCAGGAAUCUACAGAUGUACUUUAUAUGAAGAGAAAAGCGUGAGGACUAUUGAGUGGAAUUUAACGGUGUCUGAGGAACACAAAGGAUUCAGUUCUUUGUGGUUAUAUAUCACAGCUGCAACUGGAUCUCUUCUUAUUCUCAUCAUCACAGCUGUUUGUCUCUACAGAAAAAUCAGAGCCAGAAAAUCAAACCAGAGUCACGUCCACGACCCGUUUCCUCUCCACUCAGUAGGAGAGACAACCCUCGAUCCACCGCAGGUCGGCACAACCAGUGGAGCCAACUACAAGCGGCAGAGUCAGUACACAGAGAGGCUCAAUUCAAUCUAUGGACUCCACUGAGCUGAUGAGACGUUUCAAUGAACUUUAAACAAGAGACAAGAAGAAACCAAGUGCUUCAAAGGAAGUCAACCACACUGAUUCCUUUGUGGGUUAUUACAUUACAUUAAACCACUAUGUCACCUUAAGGACUGUUUUCACGUGUGUAUUCAUGCUUCUCUUUGUGUUUUCUAAUGUUCAUAAUGGUUUUAUCUGUUGUGUGAUGUGUUGAAUGUUUCCAUGGUUGUGGUGCACCGUGAGCCACCAGGGAAAGUUACUUGUUGUUUAUUGUUAAGGCAAAGUUUAACAGGCUUCAGUGGGGGGUCUCUGCCCUCUAGUGUCUCAUGAGAGAAUUACACAAGGUCCUUAAAACAAAGUGCAUCACAUUCAGAGACCUUAGAGCCAGGUUUAUUUAUAAUAAUUUCAGUAGCAUCUCAGAUUGUGUUGAUGAUACAAUUUAUAGUCCUAGUAUGCUAACACACUAAAGAGUAAACAGUGAGUGAUUGUUAAAAUAUCUUCACUGUCUUUGGUUUAAGCACUUUAUGCCCCCAAGGGGAGACAUCUGCAGAGAGGAAGGACAUUAUAUAAUUAUGAAGUGAUGUGUGGUUAUAGAAGUUGUUUGACCAAAAUCAAGUAUUUCAAAGUAGAAGCUGUGAACUCUGUCGGGGAAACGCAUAUCUAGCGAGUGUUCUGGUUUUUAUUGGCAAUAAAAACAUUCUGCAUCACAAUGUAGGAAGAGACUUUUAAGGUUUAAAAUACUUGAAAGAAUAAUCCUCCAUCCAUUCUCUGGAAUUACUUUUCAUCUACAAGAUUGCAAUUAAAAAUAGGAAAGGC